GUUGGAUGUAGUUUUUGUGUAAGUGCGAGAGACCAGAGAUAUGGAGUUUGCUAUCAAGGAGUCGAGCAUCGUGUAUCCAGCGGAGGAGACACCUAAGCAUCGGUUAUGGAGCUCAAACUUAGAACUACUAAUGACACUGCAUCAUGUCCCUAUUGUUUACUUCUUCAGACCGAUUGGUUCUUCCGAUUUUUUCGACACUCGUCUGCUCAAGGAAUCUUUAAGCAAGGUUCUUGUCCCAUUCUACCCAAUGGCUGGGAGAUUGGGGAGAGACGAAAAUGGAAGAAUUGAGAUAGUCUGCAAUGGAGAAGGAGCUUUAUUCAUAGAGGCUGAAACUGAGUACGUUAUCGACGAUUUGAUUGGCGACACCAUGAAUCAUAGCCCAGACCUUUGGCGAUUAGUUCCAAAAGUUGAUUAUUCUGUUGAUAUUUCAUCAUAUCCUCUGAUUUUAACACAGGUAACAAGGUUCAAGUGUGGAGGAGUUGGUCUUGGGAUCGGAUUACAGCAUACUUUAGCAGAUGGUCCAGCUUCGAUUCAUUUCAUUAACAGUUGGGCUGAAAUGGCUCGAGGGCUGCCUCUUAGUGUUCAACCUUACAUUGACAGGUCACUUCUUCAAGCUCGUGUUCCACCGACUCCGACUUUUCACCAUGUCGAAUAUGACCCACCUCUUUCCAUAAAUACUGCUGAAGAACCCCAAUGGGAACCUGAAACUACCGUCUCCAUCUUCAAACUCACUCCUGAUCAGCUCAACACCUUGAAAACCAACGCGAACAGAAACGGAGAUGGUGGUGUUUAUAGCACCUACAACAGCCUUGCAGCACAUAUAUGGCGUUGCAUAAAUAAGGCCCGAUGCCUCCCCGAUGAUCAGGCGACUAAGCUGCAUAUUCCGAUUGAUGGACGGUCUAGAUUGAGACCUCUCCCGCCAGGCUAUCUUGGCAAUGUGAUAUUUAUGUCUGCAACCAUAGCAUCGCACGGUGAGAUCCAAUCUGAGUCAUUUUCGUGCACCGCGAAGAGAAUCAAGGACAUAUUGAAGCGAAUGGAUGAUGAAUAUCUAAGGUCAGCUAUCGAUUACAUGGAAAAAGUGCCUAAUGUGAAGGCUCCCGUGCGAGGAGCAAGGGGUUUUCAGUGCCCGAACCUCAGUAUCAACAGUUGGAUGUGGUUGCCUCUCUAUGAUGCAGAUUUUGGAUGGGGCCGUCCCAUAUGGUUAGGACCGGCUAAAGUGUCCCAAGACGGGAAGACAUACAUUUUACCAAGUCCGACUAACGAUGGGAGCCUGUCUGUUGUGUCAUGCCUGGACACUUCUCACAUGAAAAAUUUUGGGCAGCUUCUUUACGAGAUUUAGGGAAAUUAUAUGUUCAUGUCAAUUGAUUUCGUGUUGUUGCAGUUUCUCUUUUGCUUCUUUUGCA